AUGUCUUCUGUUCCCUUUACGGAGGAAGACCUUCAUGAGCUAUAUUUAUGGGUCGAUGGUAUUCCUAUAUCCCGACCGAAACGCAACAUCGCGCGCGAUUUUGCCGAUGGCUGUUGCUUAGCUGAAAUUGUUAAAUAUUACUUUCCGAAACUUGUGGAACUGCACAACUACGCGCCGGCGAUGUCGAUCAACAAGAAACGCGAUAAUUGGCGUACCCUCAACACCCACGUCUUUCGCAAGCUGUACUUUGAAGUUCCCGAUGAGGAGAUCGAGGAUAUAAUAGCCGCGGUCCCAGGUGCCAUUGAGCGUUUUUUGCGCGCCCUUCGCAUCAAAAUUACCCAAAUCAAAGCCCAACGAGACGAACUUCAGGCCCACCCCUUCCCACCGCAGCCGAUGCGGUGCGCAGCCUACGCCACCCCCCCAACCGCAGAUAGCCUACGGUCACGGAAGGGGACGAUAUCUAAAACAAGUUGCGGUGUAAAACCAAUCGUGCCGAACACAGGCAUUGAAGUAAAGGAGUAUGAUAACGGACGGCGAAAGAAUGGCGUAGCGAACGCGGCCGAUCAUAGCGCCGCACCCAGUGAUAACUUGCGGCGUCUUUUGGACGAAAAAGAUCGAACCAUUUUAGAGUUGCGGGAGACGGUUGGUAUUCUUAGUGAAAAAAUUAUGAAGCUUGAGGAGCUGCUCCGGGUCAAGGAUGACAAAAUGACCCAAUACCGCACAAAAUUUGGUCGCAUAUGAUGGCCUCAGAUGAAUUAAUGCUGUGUAAUAGCUUUUUUAAACCAAAUAUUUCUGCUACUAACUCCACUGAGACCUCAAAGUUCGACAAAAAAACUGACGGAUGGCCUGAUUUUUCUGUCAUAGCCAACGCAUGGAAGUUAGUUGGUGAAGAGGAAGGUAAAACAAUAUGGGACAAUAAGAGCUAAGAUGAUUAACAAUCCAUAUAUACAUGCAUUGAUGAACUUAUUUCUAUUUUAAUAUUUCAAUCUUAUAUCUGUAAAACUAUUUUACACAUUGUGUAUUGAAGAGGGAUGUAUUGAAAUAUCAUAUUUUUUUUUCAGGAUAGAUAUCUGUAUCUGUGAUGCCUUAAACAGCAAGUGUUGCGAUCAUCAGCAGUUUUUAUUACAUGUUUCUUACGCUUAGAUGUUAUUUUUCCUCUUUGCUGUCAACAUUGUUACCCUAUACACACAAAAAAAAAGUAGAACAUAAAAUAUAGAAAAAGGUCAUAUGUGGCCUGUGCAUUA